UCAGCCGCCAUGUUUGCUGUGCAGAUGUUUUCAGAGCUCAGACUGAAGAGGUUUAUGCUAAGCUAACGGCCUGAAGCUCUGCACUUAAACCAGUUUCAAUGCACUCAUCGACGUUAUAGAGAUACCAGAGUCUCCAAGAUAACAUACAGUCUUGGGUUAUGGCGACCAUUGUCGGGGAUGAUGAGUUUGAUGAGUAUGAUAAGCCUGGUGCUGAAAGGUCAAGAAGACGGAGAGGAGAAGAUGAUGAUGACUUGGAGAGUGAUUUUGAGGAGGGAGACUUGCUUGAAGAUGAUUGGCUGUCAUCAAAAAAGAACCCCUCAGAGCUGUCAGAUGAGGAACUGAACGAUGAUCUCUUGCAAAGUGAUGAAGAAGACCAAAAUAUAAGUGGUCAAGGUGAAGCCGUAAGUUUGAAUGCGACGCUGGGUAUGGGCACUUCUGUUGACUUUGAAGAUCCAGGUGGAUAUACAGGAAAUGCUUAUGAAGAGGGUGAAGGGGGCCAGGCGGGUUUCUCUCAGGAUGGACAGUAUGAAGGAGAUGAGUACCAAGCUGUGGAUGAAGGGUUUGAAUACAGAGGAGAGCAGAAUUUUGCUGUAUAUCAAGACGAGGUGCUGGACCUUCAGAUCGACGAGCCACUGGAUGACGAUUUCCAAGUGGAUGAGUACCCAACAGAAUAUAGAGAGCAGGAGACCAACCAACAACAAGUGGCUGAGGAGGAAGAGGAGGCGAAUGAGGAGGAAACGGAGGAGCAGGACAGCUCUCAUGUCACUGAAUUAGAGGAGGCAGACAAUGAAAACGAUCUAGAAGCUGAGCAUGAGCAGGAUGCAGAUGUAAAGGAGGAGUCUGAUGAGGAAGAGGAAGAUGAUGAAGAAUCUGGCCGCCUGCGAUUUAAGACUGAGCGCAAAGAUGACACAGUGGUCCGGUUGUCUGAUGUUGCCAGUAAAAGAAGAAACAUCCCAGAAACAUUAGAGCUCUCUAAGGAAGCUAAAGCAGACCUGCAGAAGUUUGAGGAGAAUGAGCGUCAGAGAAAGCAGGGUCGUUUUGGAGGACGAGGGAGAGGAGGACCGUAUGGAGAUGGAGGAAGAGGAGGAAUGCAAGGUAGAGGUGGAAUGAGAGGAAGAGGAGGAGCUGGAGGUCGAGGACUCGGAGGAAGAAAUGAUUUCCACAUGUUUGGAAUGGGAGGUUUUCGCGGCGAUGGAGUUGGAGGUCGAGGGAGAAUAAACGAGCAAAGGCCUCCACUGAUGCAAAUGAACUUAGGAAUGCAGCAGCAGCUCAGAAUGACUCCUCCGCUUCAGCAUCACCAUCAUCAAUCUCGUCUGCCCGGCCCGAGAAGCUCUGGAGGUCCUGGGCUGUUUCCAGAUCCAGGCACUCCGAUUGCUCAGCAGCCACUGCAGAUGUUGAUGCCACAUAUGAGUCACCGUUCACCAGGCCCCAGAACACAACAGUUAAACUCCCCACCACGACACUCGCAUGCACAUCCCAACCAACACCAGCAGCACCAACAGCACCAUCCCAAAAACAUUCACAUCAACCCUCACUUCAGAGGACCAUCAUCCUCACCUGUGCAAGUUCCCUCAAUGCCUCCUGUGCAGAACCAACCAAGGCCUAACAUCGCUUCACCGAGACUCUCGGCUCCUCCUGAUUUUCAGCAGCAUCUGGGGAAUUUUGGCCCACCUCUGCGGCCUCUGCCUUCCCAGGAGCCAUGGAGAGGACCACCACCACCACAUCAUCAGGAUCAAGACCACUUCUUCCCUGGUGAACCGCGAUUUUCAGGCCAGCACAUGUUUGACCAGCCAGGCCCUGCCCCCCUUUUGAAUAACAGUGUUCUUCCGAUGUCGGGGCAAGGCCCUCCGAAUUUCCCUCCACAGGGAGGACUUGGAGGUCCUGGAUUUGGUCCUUUGGGGCUCGGACAGAACCAAGGGCCUCAGAGUCUAGCCCUGCAGCAUGCAGGUCCUCCAGGGCCCCCUGGUCCCCGUGGAUUUGUGGGUCACAGACAGCCAUUCUCACCCCCGCAACAGGGACCCCCCUUUAGCCCCCAGCACAUGCCAUUUGGUAUGCAGGUACGCCAGAGAGGUCUACUGCAGCAGCCCCUGCACCAUGAUCCGCAACUUACCCAUCAGCCCUUGCACCAGCAGCACCAGCAACACAGACAGGACUUACCCCCCCAGGCCUUGCUUCACUCCCAGCCUCCACCCCAACAUCAAACUCACCACCAACACCACCCACGGGACCAACACCUCUCCCAGCCCCAUUUCCGCCAAUCGAUUUCGAGUGGCCAUAGACAGAUGCAGUCCCGGCCACAGGGCAACCAGCAGCGUAACAACCAUGCCAGACCCAGAAUGACGCCGCCUUCUCCACUGCAGCAGAUUCCUCCUCAGCGCAACAGCAACCUUCGGGAGCUGCCCAUUGCUACUAGUAACAAUAAUACCUGCCCAUCAGUGCCUAGUGGGCAAGCAAAACCAGUUACCAAGGCAACACAAAAUGUUAGGCAAGGGCCCGUUGCUCGUUCUGGACCAGCAGGAAAGGUUGGACCUUUAGCACAAGGGCAAGGCUCCGCCAGAGCACCGCUGCAGCCCAGAGUGCCCGAGAUAAAGAAAGCGCAACCAGCUGCACAGUCAAGCACCACUCCACAGAACCCAGAUGAAGAUGAGGAGACACGGCAAUACAGACUAAAGAUCGAAGAACAGAAACGUUUGCGAGAAGAGGUCCUUCGACGCAAAGAGCUGCGCAGGCAGCAGCAAGCUGGUGAGCGCAAAAAGGAACUGUUGGAACGAAUUGGCGGCCAACUUCCAAACCAGACUCAACCAACACAGAACACCACACAGCCCCCUACAGCUCAACCCCCUCAGCCGGUCCCUUCCCUGAUCUCUAACGGAACCCCACAGAACCCUUCGCCCAUCGUCAAUUCCCCUCGUCCCAAUGUUAAGACACGUCUGUUGAACACUAAACCUCAGGCACCUGCUUCAGGGUGGUCUGGGCCACAGAAGCCACAGAGUACUGGUCCUAAUGCCAACCUGCAGGGCCAAUAUCAACCAUUGCAGAAGAGGACCAUCGCCCCACAAAACACUCAACGACCGGCUGCACAGGGUGUUGGUGCUCAAACCAAGCCAGUAGAAGGGCAUGGCCUGGGUCAGCCUCAGCCCGGUGGAAAAAGAACAGUGAUGCAAAGAACCAACAGUGUUGAAUCACCACAAGUUCCACAGAAAGUGCGUGUAGUUAAGCUUCAGGGAGAGCAGGCAGAUGCCAGUCCCAGCACUGCUCCCUCACAGCAACAGCAACCACCAAUUGGUCGGCCUAUCCCCCAACAGAGGCUUGGUCCCAUCAGGAAAGUUACCAUGGCAACUGGUGGUGUACAAAAUCAACAACAGGCUGGCCGUGGCGUGACAAACCAAACGAACCGGUUGGUAGUUCGAGGAAGAGGACGUGGCCGUGGAACGAAUCGCUUGCUGACGCAACAGAACCCGAGAGCUCAAGAUCAUCAGCCCAGCACUGUCUGCAUUGAGGGUUUAUCAACCACCACAACCAAUAAACAGCUCCUGAACCUGCUCAACUCCAUUGGCCCUGUUGAGAGGUUUAAUAUGUUGCCUGAGCAGCGGAAGGCCAUCGCCAAGUUCGCAAACCCAGAACAUGCAGUGAGUUUUCAGCACAGCUUCCACAGGCACAUGAUAGAUUUGUCUCACAUCGACGUUUCCAUUAUUGAUGGCUGAGGAGAAAGUCAAGAAGAAAAGAGAAGUGAGCAAGAAGAACAUGUCUUUUUCUGGAAGACAGACGCACAAUCAAGAAUCAAACGUUUUGGAAGCCAUGCAGAAAAGCACUGUCGACAAACUCCAGUCAUAUGCAUGAAAGAAUCAAAGACAAAGAGCCCAACACUAGCUGUGUCCUGCUGGAUAUGGCACAGCAUUACUUUACAUUAGUACUUCAACUUUGGCAUGAAGUCCUGCUCUUGUUUCAGUAUCUUCAUGUGUAUAUACAUAUAUAUGGAAAUCGGUAAUGAUUGAAACCAGCAGUUGAAAAGAAAGUUAGGAAACCAAGACAUUUUGAUGGCACUUGAUAAUAGUUGCUCCCAUCCUGUAGCUCUCCAUAUAGACUAUUAGACACAUUCUGUUAUGAAUUCUUGAUUUCUUUUGGAGUUUUCCACAGUAAUUGACUUGAGCAAAGGUGGUAAAUGGGUUGUUUGGUCUCUGCAUGCUGCAGUUGUUGUUUUUGUCACCUGCAGAGGGCAGCAGAAGACUUCUUAUUUGAAGUCUUUGCGUUGAGCUUGUCGACCACAGUGUGGAAAGCACUGCUUUGUAGAGAUGUUGAAGUGCUUUUAUGGCGCUUCAGGGACCGGUUUGGGUUGUGCUGUUUUGGAAGCCACUGUGAGAUUUUGAAUUCUAGUUGUGUGUCUUUAUUGGAAGUCAAUGUAGAUUGUCAUUGUCUCUUUUUUUGGGCUAUUGUACAUGACUGUUCACCAUUUUUAGUUUUUCAUGGUCGCUUUCACCAUUGUAAAUGUAUUGAAGCUGAGUUCUGGUCUGCAGAGCUGGUUUGUAGUUCAUAAUGCGUGUCUAAGGACAGCUGAAAAACAAUUCAACAGUAAAUGACUUUUAUACUUUGGUUUUAAGUUUCGGUGUUGGAGUCUCAUGUUUAGAUUCUUUUAAUUGUUGUUUGAGAUGGCUUCCAAGAAAGUAUAAAAAUCAGGCAGAAAUUCCCCUUCCUUUUUUAAUAUGUUUGGUUUUCUUUCCUCGUAGCACACAUUGUGUAGAGAAGAGGAUGGUUGAAUCAUGGCCCGUGCGAUUUUAUUAUAGAUUUUGAUGCUGCUGUGUUUGUUGACAUUGGUUGAAUUUCGAUCAACUUUAAGUUCGUUGUGAAGAGAGAUCUGGAUAAAUGGUAGACCUUUGGCUUGGUUGAUCAUUUUUAAGUUAGUGAGAUGGGAAUGCAAGUGGCUUGUUGAGGUCAGUUGGAGAUUGGUCAACACCUGCUGUUAGAGACCUUUCCUAAUCCCUUCAUCUAUAUUUCCUUAUCCAUCUUGUUUUCCUCAUUAGUUGUAACACAGGGCUUUGAGUGUCAGAAGACAGAUUUAGUUUUGAGCACUGCUAUAUGGGCUGAUAUCUCCAGUGAGCGUAAUGCAAUCUUGUGAUGUCAUGGCUUUUAAUCAUGGGUUAUCGCUGUUAUGAUGUCAUCGUCUUUAUUAUUUGUAUUUUUUUGCUUCAAAGAAUAGACCUUUGUCUGUUUCAGAUACAGUAGUAUAGUGGAGUCUUUUAUGUUCGGGCCAUUUCAGUGAAUGAAAUAUAACAUAAAUAUAGUUAACAACACAACCAGGUCUGUCGUUUCAAAGGGUUUGGGAGCAACUAUUAUCGGUGUCCAUGUAUAUAAUGAAAAAACUGUGUGAAACUGUCGAGUCUGUUGUUUUCUCAUCUCGAAAUCUUCCCAUGUUUAAAAACUAGUAUGUGACAGGUACAUUUCUUUUCUCGGUUUGUUUUUAUAUAUAUAUAUAAAUAUCAAUAGAACAAAGUAUUCCUUGGUCGUUUUACAUCAGUUUUGUUAUUUGAGAACUUCGAGAUUAUUAUUUGAGGAAAUUUUAAAGAUGAAAAAUAAAAGAUGGUCACAUAUAUACCAUGUAAAUACGGGUAUGUGAAGCCAACUGUCUAUCACCAUUAACUGUUGUCUGAUGUUGAUUUGUGUUUGAAGAGUCAGUCCUAUUUAAUCUGAACACAACAUACACAUAUUUUUUGUCCAUACACCUGAAUGUUCAUUUUUUCAUGUUGCCAAAUUUGAGGUAGAAGAUUGUGUUUCAGAGUUGGGUAGAUUUAAGCACCUGAGGUGUUGUUUUGUCCAUUAUGUUUUUCAAAGUUAACAUGUUAACCGCGACCCUUCAGCAUCCACUUGUUUAAAGAUGCACUUGUAAUUUGCUGAUCUUCUGUUGUAGAGUGGUAGUUGGGCAUGGUCGAUCCCAGUUUGAUCCCUCUUUGUCUAUAUGUGUAUGUUUGUGUUAAUAGUUUGCAUUGUGAGUUUUCAGGAAUUACAAAAAUGCAUAAUAAUGGGUAAGAUUAUGAACGUUAAUUAACCUAAACGUAGAUGCACUCCAAUCUUUUUUUUUUGUUUACUUUUGAGUUAAUGUUUUUUUUUUUAAGACCAAUAUUUUUGAAGUUGCAAAUGCAAACAUUUAUUUUUUGGUUUGAAGGUAUUUAUUUAUACUAGAAGAGUGAAUCCUGUGGAUUUAAAACGCGUAAAGCAGUCUGAGUGACUCAUUUUAAAUCUUAUAAGACAUAUUUUAAAUCAGUCUUAUAACAGAAAAACUGAUUCAUAUUGAAUCUUUUAGUAACUUCAUUGUAAGUGUUAAAUAACUUUGAGGGGAAAUGUCCCUUUCCCAGAUGUAAUCACACAUGUGACAUUUUUUUAUGGACUUGACAAACAGUCUAGUCAAAAUAACAGAGAAUGCGUUCUAUUCUGUUCUGUACUUGAGAGUAGGCUUGAGGUUUACUUUUUUAUUUAUUUAUUUAUUUAUUUAAUUUAUUAUUUCUGUCGAUCACAAGUGGCUGGCACACUCUAUGUGCAUUUUAUUUUCUUUCUUUUUGUUUUUUAGUACCAAAACCUUACUGUUUAAUGCCGUUUAUGCUGCGAUUGGCCGGUAUAUAAAAAUAUUAGGAUGGCCUAUUGCUUUAAUAUUAAUAUUUAAUAUUAUUUGAUUACUUGCACUUUUUUAUUAGGGUAAUCAGCUUAGAAUUUGUAACACUUUCAAAUUCUGCUGCUUUAAUUGUAUAAUGGUUUAGCAAGUUCUUACAGUUUAAGCAUCACAAACUGUGCACUGUUUCCCCAUUAGCAGCAGUCAUUUUUACCUUCAAAUUAAACCAUUUUUUUCUCUUUUUCAGGACAGAUCUUCAGGAGAACCGAAAGGAGGGUUUUUCAUUAAAGAAAUGCUCUUUUUUUAUAUUCUGAAAUGCAUUGGUUUUCAAAAUUUCUAUUUAGGGUAGUGUAUAUAAAUCUCGGUAUUAUAUACGCUCUAUUAAAAGUUUGGUUUUAGUUGUUUUUUGUGAGGUUUUUUGGCCGACAAGGUGGAAUUUAGGGUUAGCCAAAUUGAGAGAUGGAUGAAUCCGGAAAGGAUGGUGCCAUAAAUGAAGUGUGUUCUAAUUCAUAGUUAAUCUGGUUCAUGGCUUAUAAGUAAUUUUGAAGUGAUUUUGUUUUGUAAGAGUUGUGUCUUGGUUAUCAUCAGGUUAGUGUAAUGAUUGACUGAAUGGUGAAAUGUCUCAAACUCGUUCUGGUUGUUUCAUGACAGAGUUGCUGUUUAGCUUUGGUGAUCGUGAGAGAGAAAGAAUAACAUGUAUUAUCAACGCAAUCUCACGACAAUUCAUAACAUUUUGAUUUAGUGGCUUAUUCUUAGGGCCAGACAGAAUCUGCGGACAUUUUUUGUUAUUUCUGCUCAGAAUUUUGUUAAAAAACUGCGGAUUUAUGUGGAAUGAUUUUGGGAUUAUCAUAACUAAAACCUAAUAUACAGUUAGAGUCAGAAUUAUUAGCCCCCCCUUUGAAUUUUUUUUGUUUUUUUUGUUAAAUAUUUCCCAAACAAUGUUUAACAGAGCAAAGGAAUUUUCACAGUAUGUCUUGAUGUUUUUUUCUUACGGAAAAAGUCUUAUUUGUUUUAUUUCAGUAAUAAAUGUACCACACCUCCUUUUUAAAAUUGUACAUUUUUGUACGACUGAACUCAAAUUAGCCUCUAAACUGACAAAGCGUAAAAGAAUAAAAUUUUCUCAUGUUAUCAGGCUGGAAUUAUAGGUAUUUUGUUUUUAAUCAGUGUUGUAUUGAAUUGUUAAAUCAAAUUUAAUAGUUAAACAAUUUAAAACCAAAGAGAAAUGAAUUGAUAAUUCACUCAAACAAAUAAAAGCUGUCAUAUUACUUACCCUCUACUUAUUUUUUUAUGUUGACUUCCAUAGUAGAAAAUACUGUAGUUGUCAAUAGCUUCAGUAUUUUCAACAAGAUCUCACAGCAAUUCGUAACUUUUUUAUUUAGUCGCUAAUUCGUAUGAAUUGCUACAAUCUCAUUUGUACAAUUUAGUACAAUUUGCUCAUCACCCAAUGACGGUUGGGUUGAGGGGUGGGGUUGGGUGCCACGCUGUACGGCUGAACUUGUACAAACUUGUACGAAUUAGCCACUAAACUGACAAAAGCGUAAAACAGUCACGUUUUCUCAUGAGAUCAGGCUGAUAUUCCUGAUUUUAUCUUUAAAAGAAGAAAUAAAGGGUGAGUAAAGUGACUACAUUUUCAAUUUGUGGUGAACUCUCUCUUUAGACUGAACAAGUUCCAGUUCCCAUCAUGCUUUGUGUCAGACUGUGCAAGGAUAAUGAAUGUUUAAAUGGUGUCGUUUUGUGUGUGUUUUGCAAAAGAUUAAUAUGGAGACGGACGUAUUGCUGUUUGUUUAGUUUUGUGUUGGGGUUUUUAUAAGGGUUUUGUGUUGUGGUGUAGUUUAAGGGCGACGACAUUUUAGGAUUUAUAUACUCCAUUACUGUUUUUAAACUGUAUAGCAAAUGUUUAGUGAUGGUCACAUUUACUUCUAUCAAGACAUGCAAGUGUUAUGUCUAACUAAAAAAAAGUGUGAGUUCAUAUAAUGUUGAUGGUUAAGUUGUUUAUUGCAACUGCAAUUUCAUUCUGAAAGUGCUUCAUUUAAAGACCAAACACACUGAUGUUGAUGAUAACGUGGAUCUCUGAUAUCUUUGCGUUAAGCUCUUUGCACUGUAUUUGGUCUCUAAAUUUUGUGGUUGUUUUUGAGUCGUCUAGUUAUUGUUUUGAGCUUACACACCAAAGGCUGUUUUAUAUUCAGUUCAGUCAUACAAUUCAUAGUUUUGAUUUUUGAUAGGUUAGUUUUUGAGUUUAUUAACUUUAAAGAAAAUACCAUUAAAGAUUUUUCUAGUCUGCCAACUUGAUACACUCAAAUUAUAAUAUUUGGAGUACAAGGUUUCCUAUGAAAGCUCAUUUCUGCCACUGAUUUAUAAAGAACUGCUACAUUUGGACUUGAAAUACUGACAUUUUUUGCAAUUGACUUUAUAUCUGACUAUUUUGACUUCAGACUUGCACGUUUGUAUUUUGCAAUAUUGAGUUAAAAACUUAAGUUAACGUCUCACUUUUUGUGUGAGAAAGUCAGAAUUCUCAGAAGUCACAUUAUAACUUUUUUUUUCUGAUGGCAGAACUGGGAUUCCAUAUUUCUCUGUGAAACUAACACUGAUUUUGAAAACCACGGCAUGGGAUUGAAUAUCAAAAGAUGAAAAACCCUCCUUUUGAUAUGAGUUUGAAUUAAUGUUGUGUCUAUCUACAGUAAAGCUGCUCCAGAUGAUGCUAACCUGUCUUCAUUUCUCAACAGGUGCUCCUCAGUUUAAGCGCUACCAGAAUUCCCUCGCUUUUUUUCUCUUUCUCUUUCUCUCUCUCUACUUCUGUUUUCAUACUCUCUCUCUCUCUCUUUCACCUGUUCUUUCUUUCUGGAUGGGAAGGCUGUUGUUGGUCUCACUGUGGUGUUGUGUGCACAUAAUCCUUCUGUAUUAAAGCAGGGGGACGUUGCGUCUGGAUUUCCUUUCUGUAUUAGCCCAGGUCCGUGGAAGUGUUGCGUCUGUGGGACCGCACCCUUACUGACUUCCAAAGUUCACAAAGUCGCACAAAGCCCGAAUGAUCUGUACGCUCUUGCCAGCUGUACACAUGGGUUGUGUUGUUGGAUGAAAAGAAAGCAUUGCUUGGAAAUCAUUAUUGUAUAUGGGAGGAAGUGAUUUAUGCUGUUUUGAUCACCGCUUUUUUUGUGCGUUAAUGCAACGGUUUUUUGAUGUGUCUGAAAUGCCAGACUGUCCUUCAUGUUCAAUUCUGAAGAAUAUAAAUGCUGUUUGUUUAGGAAGCUCUUUUCUGGAGCUUGUCAAGUGGAAACCGAUUGUAUGCCUUUGACUGUACUUGCACUUGAAUAAUUGCUUGAAAUAAAUCCUUUUCCUGGGUUUUAUCUUC